GCGUUCGACGUGGCCCCUCAAGGGAAAAGAAUCACGGCGGGAGGUUGAUUAUAUUAUUAUUUUCUUCAAAGGCCGGACGUCGGUGCUUAGAAAGUGCAUGAGCAGCCACAAAGCCAACCCGCAACGGAAGUGAGCUGGAACGUCCUCAUCGCGUCACAAGAAAAGGAAGGGGAACGCGCUGCAGAGGAAGAAAACUGGUCGGCUGCACGACGCGGUCGGCGAAUCGCCUAGUCGCGCCCGGCGCUCGUGUCUUACUACUCUGGGGUCAUCCCCGCUGUCGUAGCAACCCAAAGAAAAGUGCCUUAAAAGUCGAUUAGAAACAGAAGAGUACUUUUGGGGGAGGGGACAACUGCUUAUGGUCCACGCGCAGCAUGCAUGCGUUCUCUCGCAACACUCCUCCACCGUCCAGCGCAAGGACGCAUCGCUUCAGCGGCUUCUCCUUCACCUCUGAUCUUCACCUACAUCAUCAGCUCUUGCAUCCCCGCAACGUGCUGAACGCGCUCUUAUCAUUGCUGUUGUUUUAUCCCGUUCUCAUCGCACCUUAACAACCAUAUAUUUAUAUAUUCUUUCAAGGCAAGGAACGCCGCUUACCACGUAUUAUUAUUAGUACUCAGAUCGGUUUUUGCGUUCGCCGCCGCAAUUCGCCAACGAACAUCUCACGCGUUGGCGCGACUCUGGCGUUCACUUACUCGUAUUUUUAUGUAAGUAUCAUACCAUCUAACAGCCGCAACAACAAAAUGUGGUCGCACAGCGCCUCGGAUGCUCUUCCAGCGAGUUCAUUGGCAGAAGAAAACAGCAGCAGAGGCGAUGACAUCAUCAACAACGGUGCUUACUCCGCCUCGCAGCCCGCACGCGCGAUCCCGUGCAGCCCGGAGCGGCUGGUCUUUCUGCCGGCGCUGCUUCCACCGCCGUCGUCGACUUCUACCUCGCAGGUUGCCGCGGCGGCCAGUGCGUACGCAGGCGACGUAGGCAGCCGUCGGCGGAUGCGGUGCAACGCACAGCGGCUGGAGGCGGCGCAGCGCGCGGCACACCCACACGCAGCGCAGGACACGGACUCCUCCACUGCACGCACCGCAGCAGCAGCAGCGCCGUUUGCGCUGCGCCAGGCGAAAACUGUGCCGGUUGCCUCUGCUCGAGCAGCCUCCCACAAGGCGACAGCGGCGGCUAACGCAGUGUCUUCUGCUUCGCCGUCCUCAGUGCUGUUGCGACGCACCUUCCACGGCACUACACGUGUGUUGUUUGCGGACGGUCACGUGGAGACGUUCACCGCGCCCGGCGCCGCGAGUACGUCGACAAGUAUUGCGGCGGCUUCAAGUCUACCGUCCCUUGCGCACGCUUCGUCCUCCGCUGCCUCUUCCGUAAACAGGGGAACAAGGCAACGACAAGGCCGAAAAGGCGCGCGGCCUACGGGUGCGGCGGCGGAAGCGGCUGGUGCGACCAACGCCGUCAGCAUCAGCAGUUGCAACCACGCACUAAGCAGAGCGCCGACGCUGCCCGCCGUGAACGAAGCGCCCAGAAGCAUCCAUGGAAAAGACGCAUCUCCUGUCGUACUCGCAUCGUACGCGAGGGCGGAGCAGGUGUACUACCCACCCCGCAACGACCACGACGACAACCGCCACUUGUCGUCUGCUGCGCACUUCCAGCAAACGUUGCCGCCGUCACGGGCAAGUACCGAGGCCGCAUGGGCGCCUCCAGCUGCGACUACGACGGCAAAGGUGGAAUUGUAUGAGAAGGAGACCCUUUCCAACGCACUCGCCCGUCUCGGAGGUUCACAAACGAUGCAGAAGCCCCCGCAGCAGCAGCAGCAGCAACUUCUGGCGCGAGAAGGAGCGGGCGCGAAGAGCGUCCGGCGCAACGAAGGCGGUGGAAACACCUUUUUUCUCACCUCUGCUCCGACGGACGCACAGCCGCGACCCCUGGAGGACGGCGCCAGCGCCAACGCGGCAAUGCGUCCAGGCGUCCCCUCACUCACCUCGCCCGAUUUCUUGGUGUUCCUCUGCCAGAUGCAGCAAGAGCUUCGCAGUGAGCUUGCGAAGGACCAGCGCACACGCGCCGAGACCUUUGCCCACCGCUACGAGCGCAGCGCCCACGACUCCCCGUCGAUCUUCUCUCUGCUCUUUCCGUUUCGUCCCUUGGAGGAAAUCUACCGGGAAAGCGCGCAGCUGAGCGCUGCCUCGUUUGUGCCGGCAGACGCUCCGCGCAGCUCCCCCCGCUCCCCGAAGGGAGCGACGAACGGAGCUGCACCGGGGACCGUGGCGGGGGGCGGCGUGCCGGAUGUUUUGCUCCCCGCCGCGCAGGUCACCUCCCUCAUGGGCUGGACGGUGCCGGAGCUCAUUCGAGAGCGUCUCCUGCCGCGUGAGGCGCCCGCCCUGCAGCACCGCUUGCGAGAGCUGCUCGCCCUGCGCGGCAUACUCGACGCACCCGGCACGAUGGCGUGCCGGUUUUGUGUGGCCUUUGUUUGGUUCGUGCUGCUGCGGUGCUGCAAGGCGCACCGUGAGCAAACCCUCGUCGACGGUCACCGUCGCCUCUCCAAGGCAUUCGCGGAUGUGUUUCCCUUGUCGGCGCGAGAUGCGGUGCCUCCGCUGGACGUGCUGGGACAGCUGCUGGUGGAACUGCUCAUGUGCACUCGCUACGCAGACGCGCGUGCGGAGGAGAACCACAAUCUGCAAAAGAAACAGCAGCAGCAGCAGCAGGACGACCCUCCGCCACAACAGCAGCGAGAGCAGCUCACGCCACCGCUGCCGUCGCCUGUGCAUGAGCAGCCGAACGAAGAGGAUGACGCCGCGGCUGCCCCCGACGGCCGCAACGCGACGGUCCAUCGGGACGGGCCGUACUACGCCAACGUGUCGGAUCUCCUGCAGCAGAAAGACUUCUUUCCGCUUUUGACCGGGGAGUGGGCGUACCUGCUGCGGCACGCCCAGACCGCCGCCACCGCUGCCGCCGCAGCAGCAGCAGCCUCCGCCGCCGCCUCCGUGUCAUCACUGACGCCGUCCUUCGUCUCUCUUUCCCACUACACGCCCCAUUCACUGAUGGACUUACCCACGGCAGAGCACGCGCAGCGGAAGCUGAGCAUUCUCCCCUCCAACAAGGCGCUCCAGACGCUGCUCACCGUCUACCAAGAGCUGUGGCUGCUGCACCGCAAGUACGUGGAGAACUGCCUGUACGAGGAGCAGCUGUACAAGCAGCUCGCCGUCCUCUUCCGCAACGUGUGCGUGCAGGUGGCCCGCGCCACGGCUGGUCCGGCCACCUCAGACAGCAGCAACAGCAGCGCUACACCAAAGCAGCAUAGCAGCAAGGCGACACGGGUGCCGGGCGCCGUUGCAGACGCCGUGGACGACGCCGAGCCCCUCUCCUCACACAUCUCGAUCAACCUCACGCAGCUCACCUCCUCCGGUCAUCUUGCGGUGGCCUCGGCCUCCUCUCCCGCGGCGAAGGACUCCAUCCUCGACAACCUCCUCAUCGUCGUGGCGCACGCCACGUACUUUACGUGCGUGUUUUGCUUCCCCAACGACGUGUACGCCGGCGUGUUUGACGAGGAAUUCCGCACGGACGUGAUGCAGUGGCUUUCCUACUGCUGCCACGGCGUGGUGACCACGCACGUGCAGACGAAGCACUGGCCGAUGCCGGUGCAGGCGGAUUACGAGGCGGUGCAGGAGCUACGAAGUGCGGCGGAGCGGCGUGAGUUGGCGGCGCUGGGGCUGCACGACGGGACACCCACCCCCUCCUCCGCACCCUCGCUGUCCUCAGAGGAAAAGGACGCCUCCACGCCGUCGGCGUUUACCUUCUCUGGCGGGUCCCCGCUGGCGGAGGAGACGGUCUCCGUCGGGCGUCGCACACGAGGAGGCGGUGGAAAGCACUGGCCGAAUUUCACGGCGGAGGCGGAGCAGAAGAAGCCGGUCGCGAUCGCAGCGUCGUCGCCGGCGUCGCCGCUGCCGAUGCCCACGGUGGUGGCGACAACGCCGGUGGCAGCGCCCGCCACCUCACCCAAGCGGGUCCACCCCACCGGCGGCAGCGCGAGCUUCACGCCGGAAGGGAUGCGGGAGGAGUCGCUCGAUCUGGAGAACGUUGUCGCGAACGCCGAGUUUCGCCUGGCGCACCAACUCGAUCGGUACAGCCGCGCGGCAGCGCAGCACGUGGCGGAGCUGGAACGGCGCAUGGCGCGGCUGCAGCGGCGGCAUCGCCUGGCGAACGUCAACAGCGGUGCGCAGCGGCGUCCGCAGCGGCGUGGCUCGCAUGUCGGCCGACGGGGCUCGUGUUACGGCGGCUUCUCCCGCGCGAACCUGAGCAAUGCGGCGCCGGACCUGGAUGAGGAUGAUAUGUUGGGCGCCAGCGUGCACUCCCUCAGCAUUGCCGCCUCGCGCUUCACGAGCUUCCGCAGGCCGACGGCGCAGCCGAACACCAUUGCGGCCAAGGCGAGCUUCGCCCCGUGCAAGAGACCGAAAUCCUCAACGCCGAAGAACGACAGCAACUCGUCGAACAUGGCGCCGUCGUUUCCUGUGUUCGACACGGCCGCCGCCAUGAUGCCCUUCAUUGCGCUGGAUGUAGAAUCCACCGUGUGUUCCUCCCCGCUCUCCGCCGCCGUGGCCGCCACACCGCAGAACGAGAAGAGGACGAAGAGAAAGCCAGACAGCAUCUUCGGCAGCGCUUGCAACAAUAAUAACAACAGCAACAACAAUAACAGCAACGUCGGCAAUGGGGUUGCGUGGCGCGGCACCGAUGCAGAGCAGCGCACGCCGCUCACGUCUCACCCACCGGCAGAGUCGCCGUUUAGUAAUCGACAGCCUUCAACCGCCUCGAAGGCGACCUCGGGGCCUGCUGGGGUCAGCAACAAUGGUGCAAAUACGGCCGGUGGGGGCAACACGCAAACACGCACCGGCGGUGACCCACGCGACCUCUACCGCACCAGCGCCGUCGUCAAAGGUGAUAAAAGCCUCGUCGCCCUCGCCUCGGAGCUCAAUCACGGCGUGCUGCAGCCCACGACAUCGACCUAUUCGAUGAGCAAGCCGCCGACAGACGCCGGACACGAGAGCACCAAGACGGCGGAGCACGUUUCCAGCACUUCACGCAGCAAAACUGGUGGAGGAGGCGGUCAGGACGGUGUCAACAGCAGCAGUGACAACAACGACGCUGGCGGAGGGAGCAGCUCCGAUCCUCCCCAGGUGUAUCGCCCCCCUCCGACCACCACCACAUCUACGUCCGCUGCCUCGCUGCUCUCCUCCUACCCCCUCUGUACGUGCCCGGCGCCGAUCACGGAGUACUGGCUCGCCAUGUCGCUGCGUGUUUCCUCGUGGUGGUACCCGGCGACAGCGGCCGCCUCGCGCAACGCGACGCCCUUCUCUCUGUACGCCUCGCCCGCCGCAGCGGCGUUGCAAGACGGAGAUGAUCUCGCGCAGGGGCGCACUCCAGACAACGCAGACGGUUUGGAAGGAGAGGAUGAAGAAGGACAGUCGCACCCACCACCACCACCACCACCGUUGCACGUACUCGCCCACGAGCCGUGGCGUGGGCUGUAUGGCCGUGUCGUGGCCGUCCCGCCCAUCAGCGGCGCGGCGCAGUUAGCCAUAAAGCUGGUCGACAUCCUGGCGGACUCGCUGCCCCAUCAGCAGUCGCUCGUCUAUCAAGCCGUGCGGGAGCAGGAGCGGCGGCAAGAGCAGCAUCGCGUCGAUGUCGCGCUGGAGGUGUUGGAGUGGAACACCACGAACGACGGCGCUGCUCGAUCAUCACAACUAUCACAACAGCAACGGAAUGAGUUGGUGGACGUACCAAGCGAGCUGGUCAUGCGGCCGACCACCGCCCUCUUCCCUUCUACUCCAUCCAACCGCAUGGCCACGAGGGCUGCGGCAGAGGAAGCGGCCACCACUGCCGAGACGGCGGCAGUCUUACUAAGUCAGCCGUGCCUCGGCACCGCCACGCUCCCCGUCAUUCCCCCCGUCACUUCAGGCCAGGAGAGUCUCUCGAUCGCCUCUCGAUCGGCCGUGUCGCAAUCCGUCGCGGCGUACCUGCGCCGCCGCGGGGUGGGGGAGACCUACCAGGGCUGCACCUCGCCCUUCUUCCAGCUCUACGCGUCUACCUGCCUCGCGCUUACCCUCUCGCGGGAGGAGGUGGUGCUGCUGCGGGAGUCGCUGAACGUUGCUCGAGACAAGCGUCGAGAUAAGGCGUCACUCACGAGCGGCGACGGCCUCGGCGGUGAGAACGGCGACCGUCGCAAGCGUCGCAGCAUCAUCACCACGUCCAACAGUCUGCUCCCUUCACAGGACAUCCACGGCCAACAAGUGCUGAGCAGCUUACUCCCUCUUGUACCUCCAUCGCGGCUUGCGGGGCCAAGGACGAGGUCGGCGGAGGCGGCAACACGCACGGCGGUGGCGACGACGGUGGCACGGCUCGCCAGUGCUUGCCGGCGUGGCACGUCCGCCGGCACCCGCAAGCCGCCACGCGAGUUCGCCGCCCCGGCAUCCGGCACUAACGCCUUCGCCAUUACUGUCAUUCCUCGUGAAGAGGCGAAGCUGCGACCGCGCCGUAUGCGCCCCCUGCAGGACGAGGCGUUGCGGCGCCGCAUGAAGCUGCUGGCGGAGAUGGAACUGAUUGGCCGGCGCGAUGCCGCGGCACGACAGAACUACGUCGGGCAGCAGCUGCGGCUAGCGAACGUGAUGGCGCACCUCAAGACGGACACGAUGCUGCGCCGCUACCGCGUGCGUGGGCGGAUGGCGCUGGAACGGCUGGCGGUGGAGGACUUAGAGGGCGGUGACCACGACAAGAGCAACAAGAACAACAACGCUAGUCGGGAGAUGGAUGAGUGGCGCGACGACGAAGCAUUUCCCGUGACCUAA